ACACUACUGAGACUACAGACGAAAUAUAAUGAUAUUGUUUUGGUGACAUUUUCAGUGUACCUCAGACACUACUUGGCACUGGGUGUUUGACAACAACUAAACAUGGAUUUCGUAGAUUCACUUAUUGAUAUCAUAACAACAAGUCCAUUUUCAUAUCUGCUGUCUGGUGUUGUGGCACUUUUUGUGGUCAUAAUAUCAACAUUUUUUCUACUGAUGCAACACACAAAAAGACAAAUAGCGAGUAUGGGAACAGAAACAGCAGUAUCCAAGAAGUCGGAAAAAUUAAAGCAAAGUACUGAAGAAAAAGAGGUUGUUGAUGAGAAGGGAGAAGAAACUAUGAAAACUGGAAAAGGAGACAACGAUGAUGGAAUUGUUGAUUCAUCUGACAUCCACCCCUUAAUACAAGCUGAACAUCCUGCCAUUUCUGAUCCUGUUGGAUAUACUGAACAUAUACAGGGCAAAGUGAAACAAGCAAGAGCUAAAUAUAUUACAAAACAGAUUGAGAAAAAAAUGACCCCUAAUCAGAUUGAAGAAGAAAGAGAAACUCAACGUCGUCAACUGGCAGCAAUUUAUUCCUUGAUGAAAGAAAGUGAAGAUAAGUUUGGUGUUGACUCGGUGACUGAAGUCAAUGAGCAGUUUAAACUUUAUGCAUAAAGCCACUUCUGCACCAGAUUUUCUUAUACCUCACCCAUUCCAACAACUAUUUGUACAUGACUUUAUGAUACAACUACCGGGGGGUAGUUGCUAUUUUUUUUAAUCUGUAAUGUCAGUUAUUUUUCAAGGUAAACUUUGCAAAAGCCUGAGAAAUAUUUUUGUGGAAAUG